AUGAAUGCACGACCUAGUAUUCAAUUCGGUACAGAAUUGGCCUUGGUCAUGGACUGGAUUCGAUACGAUGCUUUGAAUGAUGAAUACUUACUUCAACACAAUAAUUUAGAUAUGACUUCUCUGGAAAAACCGGCAGAGAGACCUCAGGAUUACCAAGGAAAGUAUUGGAAAGUGGACGUUGAGUUUCUUUAUCUCAGCGUAUUUGCCGACUGGAAAUUUACCAAUCUGAAUUUCUUGUUCGAGAACAUGAUGGGAUGGAAUAUUCCUCAAAAACACGGUAUCGAAAGAACGUUUCGUGUCGAAUCGAAUGUGGCUGCUAGCACAAUUGUGGGAAAUCAAAUCACACAUGUCUUGCGAGAAAUACAAUAUGUACCCUCGACGAAAUAUUACGAACCCUCACAUAUCCAAUAUAUUCCAGUGCGUCAACAAUUUUUCGACAUAAUCGAAGUGGAUCUUCGCGAGGAAAACGGUGAACACGCUACCUUUGAAGUGGGUAAAACCACCGUGAGUCUUCGUUUCAAGCAAUAUGGCCACUAGCGGAAUCGUGGUGACAUUUUGUCAGCAGUAGUAGCAAAUCGGAAUUCCCUAUAAUGAAAUGUCCAGUUACAAGAUUCGUCUACCUUACCCAUUGGAAUUGAAUGGAAAAUGGAAAGUGGAACUGAGUAGCAUCAUGACAUGAACACGUUUGAACCAAGAACUGUCUGAAAUUACAUUGGAGACAACGUGGAAGUACCUAAAAACAAUACAGCCAUUUUGACUGUCACUUGCGUGAUCAAACUAUUGAGAGGCGCGUUUCCUGGAAUAAAAAAUUUCAUAUUGCAUGUGAAGUGCGACAAUAUCAAACAUUCAAAUGUCAUCACAGAUGGAAUUAUCUUUAUGAAAGUGGUGAUAAACAAGUACGAAGAACUUGUCAUGCGACGAAGAGCGAAUUAUGAUGAAGGUCCAGGAAAUAAUACCAGACUAAAAGAAAGUCAGACUACGUUAAAUACUGACAAGAAGACCAAGGGAAUUUUUUACUUCAAAUGGGAAGGAGACGAGCUGGUCAUAGACAACAAAAACUCUCCAAAGUACGAGAAACCAGAACAUCCUUAAAUGUUCAUGGGUGGGAAUAAAGACUUGGCUUUGAAAAUGGGAUGGAUUACACCAUGGCCAGAGAAGAACUCGUACAAAUUUGGAUCUAAUCUCAUACCGGAAAGCUAUGCAGAGGACGGAUGUGCCUCUGCAGCUCACAAUCUGAUGUUCAGACCCAUGCAAACCGACAAGCCUAACGGUUUCGACAUGUCUACCCUUCAGUAUUACUUUCACCUCAACGAAAAUGAAGAACAAGUGUAUCUCAGUGCGGAAUGUAAUUGGAGAUUCAAAAAUAUCAACAAAACCUUUGAUCACAUGAUGAGAAAGACUGCACAGAGUUUUUUCGUGUACUCAGACGUGAUGAUGAGUGGCAUAGUAGGAAAUCAAGUCACCGAUAUCAUGCGAGAGGUUAAAUACCAACGCACGGGAGCAGGAGUGAAUUAUUUCGAACCGUUACAUAUUCAGUACUUACCAGUGCGAGGCAACACCAUUCAUACCAUCAAAGUAGAAGUGUCCGAUCAUAAAGGGGAAUUGGUUAAAUUUGGAGAAGGAGACACCAUAGCGACAUUACAUUUCAAACGGCAAUCAUGA